ACUCGCUCGCCGGUUUUGAACCGAACACACACUCCAGCAUUCAGGCUUUCGAUGCUGACCGAGGCUCAGACCCGGGAUCUGCUGCGGCGGGCGGACGCGGUGUGCUUUGAUGUGGACAGCACCGUGAUCCGGGAGGAGGGCAUCGACGAGCUCGCCAAAUUCUGCGGAGUCGGGGACGCGGUCACGGAGAUGACCCGUAAGGCGAUGGGCGGCUCUAUGUCAUUUCAGACGGCACUCAGUGAGCGUCUGUCCAUCAUCGAGUGCUCGAGGGAACAAGUCAGCAAGCUGAUCACAGACAACCCUCCUCAGCUGACACCCGGCAUCAGGGAGCUGGUCCAGAAGCUGCAGCAGCGCGGUGUGCAGGUGUUCCUGGUGUCGGGGGGUUUCCGCUGUAUCGUGGAGCACGUGGCGUCGCAGCUCUCCAUCCCGCUGCAGCACGUCUACGCCAACAGGCUCAAGUUCUACUUCAAUGGAGAGUACGCCGGCUUCGAUGAGUCCCAGCCCACGGCUCAGAGCGGAGGGAAGGGCCGAGUGAUCAGCAUGCUGAAGGAGAAGCACGGCUUCCAGAACAUCCUGAUGAUUGGAGACGGAGCCACAGACCUGGAGGCCUGCCCACCGGCUAGCGCCUUCAUCGGGUUCGGAGGGAAUGUGCUGCGCCCGCAGGUGAAGGAGAAGAGCUCAUGGUACGUCAGCAGCUUCUCUGAGCUCAGUAAAGAACUGGACAAGAUCUGAACACACACACACACACACACACACACACACACACACACACACCGUGCCUUUACUAGCCUCAGUAACACACACUUUUAAUCCUCACGUGUUUUAGUUUCUCAGGAUGCUGUAUGUAAUAAACGCAGCAGCACACGGAGCUGAUUUUAAUAUGGAGAUGUUGUUUAUUGAUUAACAGAUGAGCGGCGUAAUGUAGAGUGUGUGUGCAUGCGGCCGUCUCACACACACACAUACAGAAAACAUCAUCAAUAAUCAGAGCAGAAUCAUAUCAAACACACAUCUAUGUAGAACACAAGAGAAAUCCAAUGCAGUAACUGUAAAGCAGACGUCUGCAGCGCGGCUCAUCUGACCUCAGAUCUGUGUGGUGUACAUGUACAGCUAAUAAAUAUGCAAUAAAUACAGACUGACGGCU